AUGUCUCUCAGCGUGGCCAUGCCUUUGAAGGCUGUCAUGUCCACCCCUACCGAGGAGAAGGUGAACUUGGGUCUCGCUAAGAUCUGGGCCGAGGACGUUGAUCAGGCUAAGGAUGUUUUCUCCUUCCUCCAGUCCAAGACUUACAGCAAGGAGAGGGAGGGAUUCUUUUUCGGAGACGUUUUCGCCGAUGGCGUGAUCAGGAACGGAGGGUUCACUGAGUUCGCCGAGACUGUCAACGGACGCGUUGCCCAGCUUGCCUUCCCCCUUGCUAUCGGAGAGACCUUCAACGGCGAUCUCUUGACCCAGAUCGCUGACCACCCCCUCAAGGUUCUCCUCCUUUGUGCGUUCGUCACCUAUGCCUCCCUCCCCCCCUUGUUUGAAGCCCGUCAGGACGAUCGCAGGGGAGCAAGUGUGUUCAAGGCCGCUGUGCCUCCUGAGGUCAGGAAGGGUCUUGUCAGCGUCUUCGAAACCUUUGAGCUGAACAAGGUCUUCAGCCCGGAGGCUGAGCUUACCAACUCCCGUGCCGCCAUGGUUGCCAUGGGAUUCUACCUCUUUACCGCUGCACUCUUCUAG